GAGAAGAGCCACAAUUCAAACCUGCCCCCUUGGGACACCGCUGGCCCCGCUGUGCUCCUGGCAGAGUUACAGAAAGCCAGGCGUCUCCUGUGAGGGCGUGAACCCUGGCUUUAGGGGCCAUGCAGAGGCCGGGGGCAGGGGCCCGGAGGGCAUCCGACUGCGGGCCUGUUACUCUCCGCCCCCGGUGCAUCACCAAGUUUGCCCAGUACGUGGGCUCCUUCCCUGUGCACGACCUGGGCACGCAGGAGAGUGUGUGGCUGGUGCAGCAGCAGCUGUGGGCGCUGAAGGAUUGUCCCCGACGCCGGGCUGUCAUCCUGAAAUUCAGUCUUCAGGGUCUCAAGAUCUACAGUGGGGAGGGCGAGGUGCUGCUGAUGGCCCACGCCCUGCGGCGCAUCCUCUUCUCCACCUGGUGCCCGGCCGAUUGCCAGUUUGCUGUCCUGGCCCGGAACCCGCGGAGCCCGCCCAGCAGCCUCUUCUGCCACCUCUUUGUGGGCAGCCAGCCUGGAGAGGUCCAGCUCCUGCACCUGCUGCUCUGCCGCUCCUUCCAGCUCUCCUACCUCUUGCAGCACCCUGAGGAGCGGGCACAACCUGAGCCCAGCCCAGGGCCUGCAGGGGAGACGCCUCCAAAACCACUGUCCAGCCCUGAGGGCCCCCCAGGCCUUAUCCGGGAACCUUUCGGCCGGGAUCAGCUCUCACAGAACGUGCACGCACUGGUCUCCUUCCGGCGGCUCCCAGCAGAAGGGCCUGCGGGCAGUGGGAAGGAGCUGUUGGAGUCAGAAGGCCGAGGGGGCACCCGCCACGCCCGCCUGGGGAACCCCUACUGCUCCCCCACGCUGGUGCGGAAGAAGGCCAUUCGGAGCAAGGUGAUCCGCUCGGGGGCCUACCGCUGCUGCACCUACGAGACCCAACUGCAGCUGUCAGCUCGGGAGGCCCUUCCUGCUGCAUGGGACGCCUGGCCCCAUGGGACCAGUGGGCCCUCGGGCCUGGUGGAGACAGACGGCAGCCUGAUGGAGAACAUCUGGGCCUUUGCAGGCCUCUCCAGGCCCUGCGCCCUCGCCCUGCUGCGGAGAGAUGUGCUUGGGGCCUUCCUGAUGUGGCCGGAGCCAGGUGCCAGUGGCCAGUGGUGCCUGUCUGUGCGGACCCAGUGUGGGGUGGUGCCUCACCAGGUCUUCAGGAACCACCUGGGUCGCUACUGCGUGGAGCACCUGCCGGCUGAGUUCCCCAGCCUGGAGGCACUGGUGGAGCAUCACGCCGGGACCGAGCGCAGCCUCUUCUGCUCCCUGGACAUGGGCCGUCUGAAUCCCGGCUAUGAGGAGCAGGACUAUGGACCUCCAGGCAGGCCUUCCCGGACACUCCGGCCACUUGGCCAUGCCAAGUCCGAGGCAGAACUGCAGGGCCUGGGCUAGGGGGCAGGCCCCGUGCCCACAGGCCCCACCUCACCCUGGUCCUAGGGCCUCAGCAGGCCACUCUGACCUUUGUCCACCCUGCUGGUUGCUUACCCCUGUCAGUGUGCCCCUCAGAUCCACCUUCCAUCGCUUCCCUGCCUGUGGGGGCAGCCCUGAGAUGGGGGUUUGCCGGUCACUUCUCACACACAUGGCCCACCAGCACUUCCCAUGAAGGGCCAGGCCACUUUGGACGUGCGUCACCUCUGGGCAGCGUU